AUCAAUUUGACAAAAGCUGUAUCCCAUCUAGGCAUGACCUUGUUUAACUGGCUAGCUAGCUAGUUGUCCUGAAUGUUUUAACCGUUUUAUAAUUUUAGCAGCCCGGUUUAACCAGAAUCUUUGGUCCCGGAAUAAAACAGUAGCGCCGAUGACCGUCUGCGAGGGACUACAAGACGUUUCAUGUAGUUUUUACUCUUGAAGAAUAUGGAGGUAGUGGACAGUCCUCUAAACCUCGCCCAUCAGCAGUCCAGGAAGGCAGACCGUUUGUUGGCAGCUGGUAAAUAUGAAGAAGCUAUUUCCUGCCAUGGGAAAGCUGCAGAGCUGCUGAGGGAAGCCAUGACGCUGACCGAGUGUGAACAGGCUGGUCUGUCCAUGGCACUCCAGAGGGACAGCCACGUGAAGCAGCAGCGGCUGAUUGAGGAGAAAUGGAGGAGGACCAGACAGGAGGGCAAGCCCAGGGUCCUCCAGAGCCACCCCUCUACUGACCAGCCCCCUGGCCUCUUGACCAGCGAGCCCCCCCGCCACCCAGAGAGGGAGUACGACACCUGGCUGUACCUCCUGAAGAACAAGGGUGCCCCCCCUCCCCCCAAGCCCUGCCCCGGCAGCAAAACCCACAAGGAUGAUAAGACCCGUCUGGAGGAGCAGCAGACCACCAUCGCCAACCUGCGGCGCCUCCUGGACCAUCUGGCGGGAGAGAACGAGAAGCUGACCCAGGACAACCAGCGCCUGCGUGGGGAGAACAUCCGGCUGAAGAGGGACGCGGCGGACACAGACUUACUGGAGAAGUCAGAGCUGUGGGUUCUGCCUCAGUCAGAGGAGAGGAAGAACAAGGAGAUCCCCAUCCCUACCCUGCCCCCUCUGGAGAUGCCCGAGGACAUCUCUCUGGAUGACCUGCCUGCCCUGGAGCUCCCCGAGGACAGCCAGCACCAACUGCAGGCGCUGCUGGACAGAGACAACAAGCUGUGAUGAGCCA